AUGUCGCGCGCGGUCUUGAACAGCCAAGGUCCUGGCAGGAUACCUGGGGGGCAGAUGAUGCGUCGCAUGCUAUUGUCCUCGGAGGUGGCUGCCGACGAGGCCUCCCUGGAGUUCUACGAGAACUGGAACCAAGCGUGGCGCACCCAGUACAAGCACCCCACGUUGGCCAGCCUAGGAAUCGGGAUCGAGUUUGCUCCGCGGAAGGGCCGCCAGUUGAGCUCCGCGCUGAGCACACAGGACGACGACACGGAGAACCAAGUCAUCGGUAAUUCCUCCCUGACCCGUACGGUGGAUCCCACCCUGCCGCCGGCCCUAUACGAAUAUCUGGCCGAGUCGGGAGAUUCCGAGGACGAAAACCUCAUUCAGUUCUUGGCCUGAGUAGUGGUUUAAUUAGCCUUUAAUAAGCCUUCCCAAAAUUCUCAGUUCCCGACUGAUCCGAUCUCAUUUCCAGGAUAUUCGUACUUGAACCAGCGCUGCCGCCUCUGAUUCAAAGGGAUAUGGAUAUGGAUAUGAAUCAGGAAACGGACUGGACCCGCGAGGGCCUCUUGGCGGGUCUUUUAUAGCGUAUCGUUUAACUAACAAAAAACUCUGGAAUAAAAUAGCAUUUCAUUUCGUUUUUGGUGGCACGAA